AUGAAGGCAUCGAUCAUUAUCAGCGCAGCUUGCAUGCUGGCUUUGUCCGCCGCUGCGCCAGUCUUUGAAAAGCGCAGCGACGCUUUCUAUGUGCCCCCGAGCGUCGAUGGCAAGGAAGCCCAGAAGCGUGAUCCGGGGAAUUCGUUCUAUGGCAAAGAGGCAGAGAAGCGUGAUCCGAAUCCGUUUUAUGGCAAAGAGGCAGAGAAACGCGAUCCCUCGAAUUCGUUCUAUGUGCCUCCAUCCGUCGAUGGCAAGGAGGCCGUUGAAGUGUUGUAG